AUGUAUUCAAUUAACGAUGUUCCAGAUGAAACUUUAACUUUUGGUUCCCAAAUUCACCCGGUAUCGCCUUUGUCGCUUUGGUUGAGUGCUGAUGUCACCGAAAACGGUACAGCUGGUACUAUUUCGACGAUAAUGAAAAAGGAAGAUAUAAAGGCUAGCCAAACUUUCGAUACUAAACUUGGAACAACUUGGGAACUAAUCGAGAAGAACUCUUCAAAAACAACCGCCUCUUUGGGAAUUGGUAUGUCCGGAAAGCUAUCUGCUAUCAAGGGGGUUCGAGUCCCUCCUAGGUCUGGGUUGAUCAAGCUUAUAGAUAUAUUCCUCCCUGGAGUAGUAGGUUCCUUCAGAGGGGUCUGUCGGGCUUGUCAACCUGCAGAGUCUUCGCUGUCGACUUUAAACUUUAGCGGGUUUUUCACUGGUUUUCCUUCGGGUCUUCCUUUGAAUCAUAAGGUCCUAUAG